AUGGCUGCGGCACUUGGGGGCCUUCUCCCCGGCGUCUGCGCCGUGCUGAUGGUAAUCGCCGUCGCAAGCGCUGCCUCCAGCGAGGCCUCCUCAGUGGUCAUCGGCCUCGCCAAAUGCGCCGACUGCACCAGGAAGAACAUGAAGGCCGAGGCGGCAUUCAAGGUGCAUACUGAAUGCUUUACGCUGAUCAGUGAUUCGGUCAGAAGAAGCUAG